CCUGUCAUAUAUUAACAAGACACAUAAAACAAAAAAGUCUUGACAGUGGACGCUCAAUGUGUUCGUGAUCGUUACAGAUGCUGAUUGAGACCAAUGAUGCAGAAUGUAUACGUAGAGAUUUUGAGGAGAAUAAGAAAAAAUACUGCAAUAAAAGUGAUGAGGAUUUAUAUUUAAAGAGUUUCAGGCGAAUAUAUUUAUCUAAAGAAGAAGAGUAUGGAUGUCAUAUUUGUGAAAGUGUGAAUCAAAGAAACUUAUAUGAUCAAGCAUGCAUAAAGGAGUCAGCUGACAGAUCAUGUGCCUGAAAUAACAUUAUAAGAGGUAUUAAUGUUGAAUAUCUUAAAAGAAGAAUAUCCAUAGAAAUGUCAUAGUUGUUUGUAAAUAAAAGCUUGUGUCUAAUUUAAAGGGAUUAUUGUGAAACUUAUAUUUAAACUUUGUUAAUUCAAUAAUUUGCCUUCAAGGUCUUUUUAAAAGUGUUACAAUCAACACCAAAGGUGGAGAUUAGUCAAUAUCAACAUGGAAACUAGGAAUAAAAAUUUCUGGUGGCUCAAAUCGUCUGUAAACAGUGUUGCAGAUACUAAUGAGAACAAUUCUUUAGCCCCUCAAUUGGAAUUACAGUCUUCCUCGUCCAUUAAUAAUUUAUCAAAUGAUAAAAAUAGUAAUUUUAAUCUUGAUGUAGAUGUAGGAAGUAUUAUAGAAGAAAUAAAUAGAGUUGCUGCCCAAAGUCCAUUAGGCCCUUAUGAAAAAUCAGUUGGAGAAAGGAGCAUAGAUGAUCUACUUAAAGAAGCAGAAAAAAUAUAUAUUGAAAGUUCCAAGAGCUUUGAACAACUAAGUCAGAGAAGUAAAACGUCCCAAAAUAUAUCUGAUCUGUUAUCAAAUAUUUCGAAAGACUCUACACCAACUCCAAAGAGUUUGAGUCCUUUACCAAUGGACCCUGAUCCUCAAGAACCAGAAGUUCAAGAGAUGAGUCAAAGUGAUGACGAUUAUAGUGAAGAUUUUUCUGAUGAAAGUAAGAUGCAUUCAGCUAAGGGGUCUCCUACCAAUAAUUCAAUUUGCAAUGAAUCAAAAGAGUUAAAUUGCAUUGACAAAAAAAAUAUAGAAGGAGCUAUAAAAAAGUCUGCUAUUGAUCAAGAUAUUGAUUCUGAAUUAAGCACUGGAAAAUCAUCAAAUAUUAUAAAAUCUCAAUCGUUGAAUUAUUUCAAAGAUUCAAAUACUUCUCGUGUUAAAACAAUUGUUAAGAGUCAGUCAGAAGUUGCCUCUUUGGGCAAAAAUGUGCAGGCACCAAUAGUUGAAACUAAAAGAGAACAUUUUAGAAAGUUGGAUGAAAAAUUGCAGAAAUAUGUGGAAGAUGAUGCUAGAAAACAAUGUUUGAUUGAAGAUUUAGAGAGACACAACAAACUUUUAAAAAAAGAAUUGGAAGAUUUUAAGGUGGAAUUAGAAAGGACGCAAACCGCCUUGGAACAAACCAAAUCCGUAUUAUCAUCUAAAACCCUUUCGUCUCCAGAAAUAAAUAUGGAGUUGGAAAAAGCUUUAGAAGAUCUUAAAGAUUCUAAAGAAAUGAAUACAUCUUUACAACUUCAGCUAGAAACUGUCAAUAAAAGCCAUCAACUUCUUAAAAGUUCUUAUGACGAUCUUUUGGAUUCUAAUAAAAAAUUCGAACGUCGUCUUUUUGAAUUAGACAACAGCUUAGACAAAUAUAAGAACGAAUUUAUUCUGUUACAACAAUCGAAAGAUAAACUAGUAGAGAACGAAGUGAAUUUAAAUAAAUUACUGGAAAUGGAGAAACUUCAAAAUAAAAAUUUCAAACUCCAACACGAAAAAGACGCCAAAUGUAUCCAAGAUUUGAAUAGACAAAUUAAGGAAAUGGAAAGAAUUAUAGCUAGGAAACAUCCAGAUUCAGUAUCGGCAUUAAUAGUUGCAGCUAAAGAAAAUGCUAUGGACACGAACUUAACAGCUAGGAAAAUUUUGGAAGAUAGAAUAAAAUCGUUGGAACAAGAACAAGUCAGUAGAGAAACCCAAUCUUCCAAAGUAUUUAUGGAAAUACAAGAAAAGUUUAACCAAAUGAAAUCCAAAUACGAAAAUCACAUCGAGGAUUUGGAAUUACACGUUUGUGAUUUAAAGAAUCAGUUGAAAAGAAGAAGCGAAACUUAUGACGUUUAUACUCAAACUAUGGUCGAAGACAAAAUACCGCAGAAGGAAACUUUUACUACUUUCACACAAACGGAUGCCGUCACGUCAGCAGUUCCACCUCCACCAACAACUUCUACUAGUAAACCACAGAGAUCAAUAACUUCAAAGAAAAAUGAGGAUUCUCAUUUGUUAGCUACUAUACGAGGCUUACAAGCAGACCUCGCAAAUAAAGAAAAAGUAAUUACUAAACUUCAGAAAGAAAUCGAAGAUCUGAAGAAAACAAAUAAGAGAUUACAAAAGGAAAGAGAGGGUAGUUUAAAAAACUUAAUUGAUAAAAAGGAACUGAAAAGUCUUCCCCUGGAUCGUCUACAAACAAGAUCAAAUAGCUGUAGUUCGGAGAAGGAUUUUCGGAAGGAAGAAACGGUCCUCCAUUUAAAACGAGAAAGGGAUAAAUUAAAACUACAAUUAGAUAAAUUACAAGAAGAUUAUCAACAACUACAAAGUAAGAGGAUAGGAGACUUAACUGCCCUUCAAGAGGCGCACGAACAAGAGGUGUCCAAUUAUAUAGCUAGUGUGAGCCCUUUAAGAGAACAGCUGGAAAUUCAUCAGAUCUCAUUAGCGUCUCUUCAAUCCCAGUUGAUUUCUGCUAGAGAUGAAUUAGCAAUUGUUAGAGUUGAAAGAGAUCACUUGAAUAAUCGUUUGCUUAAUAUGCCAACUAGCAAUAGGACGUUUGCGGAGGAUACUGUAGGUGUAUCUCCUUUAUUACAAAAGAUUGGAUUUUUGGAAAAACAGUAUGUGGAACGUGAGUAUAGGUUAAGGUCUAUGAUCCAAAACUUGGCUCAAAAAAACUUGACUAACAGAAGUUGUCCACAAUGUUCAGAAAGACAUCAGCAGUUGAUUUCGUAUAAAGCAGAGUUAGACCAAACUUUGACUUCCGUCCGAGCGUUUCAAUAAUUCAGACAUAAGCUGAUUAAGUAUUCCAAAGGGGAUUGGUUUGUUAAUAUGUCAAUUUUUAUCAUUAAUGGUAUUAGGCGAAACAAUAAUGAGAACAGGAAUAAUUUAAUACGAGGGCCACUUUUCUUUCAACCUCCGAUCGCUCCGUGCAGACGCUGAUGCUCCCGCCAAGUAUGUAUUGCAAUGUUUUCUACAGGCCAUAGUGCUGCAGAAAUCCAUCGGGGAAUAAAUCGUGUAUAUAGGAAAAACUUCAUGAGUGAUGGUGUUGUGAAUGGUGUCGAAAGUUUAAAGAUGAGUUGAUAGAAUGGUUAAAGAAAACCGCAAAUUCACCAUUACUGCUUACUUAACGGUUAGGCUCCAUUAGCGGUAGCUUUCUUUGAAGAGGGUAUUGAAAGGCUUGUCCACAGAUAUGACAAAGGUCUCAAUCUCUCCGGUGAUUAUGUCUAAAAAUAUGUGUACCAAUAUUUUGUUAAUAAAAUUAUUGUUUUAUAUGAACUAUUUGUAGCCUAUCGGAGAUUGAAAAAAAACGGCCCUAGUAUAGUGGAGUAUUGAAACUGUACUAGAAAUUAUAUUUCUGCCAAUCAAGUUGAGCUAUAACAUGAGCAAAGUUACUUCACAUUGGAUAUGAAAAUAAUUUCACUACCUUUUAUUGAGUUAUUAAAUGUUUCAAUUAUCACCAUCAAUGAACAAAAAUUGUUUAUGUAAUACAAUCCCAUUAAUUAAUUAUUAGCAUAAGCCCACACAGCAAAAGUUACAUUUUCUUAUUUUUUGUGAUUAUCCGCUAAUAUACAUGAAAAUUUCCAUUUCUGUUGAUAUCUAUAUCAUCGGAAUUACAAAGAAUACAGAUAUUGUAUUCUGUGCAACUUACGGUCUAUCAUCUUGUCACACAAGUGUAUGAAAAAUCUAAUUUCCAUAUUUUUAUUGUUUUCCGUAUAAGAAAUACUUCUUAAUAUUUCGUCCUAUUGGUGCAGAAAGUGUAAAAUUGAACCAAUGUAUUCAUCAGGAAGCAGGGCUUCAUUUGGCACUAGUAUGAAACUCACAACUUUCUGCAUAAAUCCAUGAGGUGAAAUAUUCCAUAGAUACAAAUAUAUGUAGCUGCCAUGAAUGGUUAACCGAAUACACUAUUGCUUGGAAAUAUUAUACUUUUCAUUUUUAUACACCCUCGAUUUCUUAUUAAGGCAAAACACUAUAACACUAUACAAAGUUUUUUUAUUAAUAACAAAAAAUAUUCAAAUAUUUUAAAUAAUAAUAAUUUAUUUUAAAUAAUCUUACGUGUAGUCAUAGAACAUACCGUAAGAAGAAAUGCAAACUUAGUUAUUAUUAUUAUUAUACAACAAAGAAUAUCUACCAUAUUCUGUGUUAUUCAUUUUCAUUCAGUUCCUAUUUCGCAGUUCUCCGAAUUCACAAUAGAAACAAUACCUUAUAACUGGGACACAUCUAUUUAUAAAAUAAUAUUUACAUACAUUUUUAACUAAACCAAGGAACAUUAAUUGACAUGAUUACAAUAUCACUUUUAAAAUAAGAUCUCAUAAAAUACAGAUAUUUCUCAAAAACAAAUUAAAAAGUGUAAUAUGUAAAUAAAUACUAACCAGAAUUGAAACAGUAAAAUAAUAUCAUUUUGGGAUUUAACAAAAAAAUUCUAUACAAACAAAAGUCUCGAAAAUUCAUAAACAAUUCAUAAAAGUGUCUGCAAAUCAAAACAAGAAAAUACAGCCUUUUAAACGAUAAUAUUAAAAUUUUGAGAAACAAAAAUACAUAGAAACACCAAAAGUUUUAUCCUGUACCUUGUCUGCGAAUAUUUCUUAACUGUGAGUAAAUGAAUUCUUUCGUUAAAUUAUUUAAACCUUCUCUUAUACACUUAAAUGUUCCAAUUUCACACAUCCUCUUCAAAGUCUCUACCGAUUUUUCGUCGUCAAAACUAUUAAUUUCCUCUAUAACAAUGCAGUCUGAAAAUUCACUUGAAAACUCCAAUAAUUCUUCUUUAGGUAAAUUUCCAGAUGCUAAGGGAUGAAAACUGGGACUAGUAUCUUGAUGCUCUUCGACAAUUAUAUCAGUGUCUACCAUACCUGUUUUUACAGCAUAUGAAUAUUUUUGGUUUACCAUACAGUCUUGAACUUUGGCUUAACUGUGAACUUCAUAAAUGAAAGUAGACAAUGAAGUAAAGUUAGGAACUUUUAUCACAUUCUCCAUCACGAGUUGGGGAUUUUAUGAACUAACCAGUAAAUUUGAUAAAUAUCAAAUAAUUUAUCAUUUUUACCAAAUUCAGUGGUGACAAUGUUUAAUCACCGGUAAUUUUAUAUAAUUAUCGAAUUUAUUACUUUUACCGUACUUAUUUGAAAAUACAUAUUUUAUAACGUAUACAUCGACAUUUUCUUUUCUACUGUUGAUAUAAAUGAUUGCUGUGUGGGAAAUGUGUUUAACUAUAGUGAAUGUUAAAUUUAUUUUUGAAUGUUGUUAAUAAAAUUGCGU